CCAAACACAUUCCCGGUGCAGAAGAGCCAAUUAAUCAUCCCUUCUUCUCUCUCAGCACCCCGUUGGAGCAUCAAAGAAGCAGAGCAGAGCAGCAGAUCUGUAGUGUUUCACUCUCGGUACUAGCUAAGUGCAGAACAGACAAUGAGGAAGUGGUUAUCUGGUGCAUUAAUGGCGGCAGCACUGAAGUUUAAAGAGGCUUCUCCUCUGUGGGUGGUGGUGGCUCUGCUUACAGUCACAGCCAUGAUGAAGAAGGCCCUCUUUGCUGCUUUCACAUGCAUUCUUGCUCUGGGAGGGGCAAUGGUGGGGAUAAUAAUAGGAGCGCUGAAGGGGCAGACCACGGAGACGGGGUUUGUAAGAGGGGCUGGGAUCGGUGCCGUAACGGGAGCUAUCACCGCGGUUCAAUUGCUCGAACUCAAGAUCGAUGGAGAGUCACUUUCCAAGGUUGCCCUUUUGAGUAGCUUAAUGGAAGGGAAGGUCUUCAUGGAAUGGGUAGGGCCAGCAGUGCUGAAGGCCUACCAGUGGCAGGUGAGCAACAUCGAGACUACUUACCGGGAGAUCUCAGACAUAUACGACACGGCGGAAGAAGGCAGAGGAUUAUCUCACAACUGUAUUCAGAGGAUUCCUUCACACAGCUUCAGGUCUAGCAUUGCGGUCUCUGACGGAGCUUGCUGCUGCUCAAUCUGCUUACAGGCUUUCGAGGAAGGAGAGAUGACGAGGAGACUUCCCAAAUGCAGGCACUUCUUCCAUAUGGAUUGCUUAGACGCAUGGCUAACCAGAAAGGGCUCUUGCCCCAUCUGCAGAGACGAUGUUUGUGAUGGCUACAAAGACUUUGCAGAUUACUGAGUCGUUCGGAUUACUUAAUUUGUGAAAUCAAGUGUAUAAUAUUGUUGUUUUUGUGGUACUUUCUUUGUACCAGAUGUCAUUAGGAGCAAAAUGCACGAUUGAGGUUAUUCAUGUUAUGCUCUCAUCAGCUCUUGGUAGUGAUUUUGCCAGCAAUCUGCAUUGGAAAUUCCCUCGCCUAUUACUUGCUGUGAAAACCGUCGAUGCAUGCGAAAAGAGGUAGUCCUCCUGGACGGUGAAAUUUUAUAUCGAGCAAGCUUAUAAGGAACGGUUCGAAUACUAGCAGAUUAUAUUAGAUUAAAUGAAACCAUUG